AUGGUGCUAUUGCCAUCAUCUCCGGCUGUGUCCACCUUCAACGAACCCUUCAUCUCGGCCCUCGAUGCCGCUGCGCCUGACAACGCCAACGAUGAUCCGAACUACUAUGCUCGUUACCCGCGGUCACUAAUCACGACCUCUAAUCUAGACGCGUUUAUGACUGGCACCGGAUCCGCCAUCUACGAGUCUUUGGUACCGCUGCUCGAGUCUGCCUGUCAUGAGCUCAUUCUGGUGACCUGCUUCUGGGCCAGAUCGACAACUCUGGAUACACUCAAUGAGGUUCUGCGAAGACUAUCUGAAAAGGCCGUCAGAAGGGGAACAGACAAGAUCAGAGUUCGGUUAUGCUUUUCUUCCAGCUCAGUCUUCCAGAAACUAUUCCACAAGCAAGCUACCACAGGACAGACGUAUCCACCUUCAACAUGGGUCAAGAAGCUGGGCUUGCCUGACCCAUCUGAACUCAACGGACUAGACCUCAAGAUCAAGUCUAUAUUCAUUCUACCAUUUAGUGUCAUGCAUCCAAAAUUCAUCCUCAUCGAUCGGAAGACCGCAGUAUUACCGAGUUGCAAUAUCAGUUGGGAGGAAUGGUUCGAGGGUGCCAUCACCCUUACUGGACCUGUUGUGGAACAUUUUCUCAAGUUCUAUCGUACUUUUUGGGAGCGGCGAGAGGAUGCCCCGACUACCCUCGAUGCUCCUGAAAGCGCUGCGGUCAAGCUUCACAACGCAUUGAAAUCGUCACAAUUAUUGUCGGCUCGGUCUAUACAUACCAUGUUUCUUCCAAGCCCACACCGUCGCAAUCCACGCUUCAAUCUCAUCGGAGCUCAGGACGCCCUGCAAGCUCCACCAACACCUUUGAACGUUUUCAUACUUACACUUUUUGCAAAGGCCGAAAGGAGCAUCCGUAUACAGACACCAAACGUCACUGCACCGCCUGUCUUGUCCGCAAUACUUAGAGCGCUUGCCCGUGGUAUUAAUGUCCAUAUUCUGACCUCUGAGCGUCUCAUGAUACUCGAGCAGUUGGUCACAGCAGGUACCACAACAUCACGCUGCAUCAAGAAGCUCAUUAAACGCUAUCAACGGCUGGGUCACAAUAGUGGUAACCCGAAUGAUGAAGAGGCGGCUAUAGCGACUCCCAAGCCCGGUCGCCUGCAUGUGUCGUACUUCGAGCCAAUCGGCGGACCCAAGAACAAGGGCAACGAGGCAGGAGAGCCUCAACAGUCGCACCUCAAGAUGACUAUUGUAGACGACGAGGUGCUUAUUCUGGGCUCUGGAAACCUCGAUCGGGCGAGUUGGUUCACAAGCCAAGAGUUGGGAGUUGCCUUCUUCGACAAGGAAGUGGUUGAAAAGGUUGGCAGUGCGGUUGAUGAAGGUACACAGGGAAGGAGCAAGGUAGUGUUUGACAGUGAGGGCUAA